AUAAAUUCCCAAGGGCUCAGCCAGUAUGUCUACAUACAGCUGGAAAGCUGUAUUCCCUUUGGUGCCGAAACUCAAAAGACAAUACCGGUUUCAAGAUGGGCUCCAUCGGUCCAGUAAGCACGGAGUUUUGUUGUGAUAUAUUCAAAGAGCUGAGAAUCCAGCAUGCCCGGGAGAACAUCAUCUACUCCCCUGUGACCAUCAUUUCAGCUCUGUCCAUGGUCUACCUAGGAGCAAGAGACAACACCAAGGCUCAGAUAGAAAAGGCUGUUCACUUCGAUAAAAUCCCGGGGUUUGGAGAGAGUAUUGAAUCUCAGUGUGGCACAUCUCUGAGCAUCCACACUUCACUUAAAGACAUACUCACCCAAAUCACCAAACCAAGUGACAACUACACAGUCGGCAUUGCCAGUAGACUUUAUGCUGAAGAGAAGUACCCAAUCCUGUCGGAAUACUUACAGUGUAUUAAGGAACUGUAUAAGGGAGGCUUGGAACCUAUCAGCUUUCAAACAGCUGCAGAACAAGCCAGAGAGCUCAUAAAUUCCUGGGUUGAAAGUCAGACAAAUGGAAUGAUCAAAAAUAUCCUUCAACCAAGCUCUGUGAAUCCAGAGACUGAUAUGGUCCUUGUCAAUGCCAUUUAUUUCAAAGGAUUGUGGGAGAAGGCAUUUAAGGAUGAAGGGACCCAGACAGUGCCAUUCAGAAUUACUGAGCAAGAAAGCAAACCUGUGCAGAUGAUGUUCCAGAUCGGUUCAUUUAAAGUAGCAGAGAUUACUUCUGAGAAAAUCAGGAUCCUGGAGCUUCCGUAUGCCAGUGGGAAGCUGAGCCUGUGGGUGCUGUUGCCUGAUGACAUCUCUGGCCUGGAGCAGCUUGAGACUGCAAUCACCUUUGAAAAUCUCAAGGAGUGGACCAGUUCUACUAGGAUGGAAGAAAGGAAAAUUAAAGUUUAUCUCCCCCGCAUGAAGAUUGAGGAAAAAUAUAACCUCACAUCUGUCUUAACAUCCUUGGGUAUCACCGACCUGUUCAGCUCAUCAGCCAAUCUGUCUGGUAUCUCUUCAGCAGAGAGACUGAAGGUGUCUUCGGCCUUCCAUGAGGUGUUUGUGGAAAUCUAUGAAGCAGGCAGUAAGGUGGAAGGCUCAACUGGAGCUGGAGUGGAUGAUACAAGUGUCUCUGAAGAGUUUAGGGCUGACCACCCUUUCCUCUUCUUGGUCAAGCACAACCCAAGCAACAGUAUCAUCUUCUUUGGCAGAUGCUAUUUACCUUAAAGAUAGGGAAGCUGAAAGAGUUUCUAUCUUUCAUAGCAUGACCCAAAAUGCUGCGUUAUCAAGGGUAAAAAGAAACACAUACUCUCUCUUUCAUCCAUAGUGUCUAAAACCAGAAGGCUUUAUUAAAAAAAAAAAAAAAAAAGAAGGCAGAGAAAUUAUGCCAUGAAAACAGAGGCCCUUUACCUUUCCUUCCCGCAGAGGAAGGAUUAUUUACUUAUGCAUGAAGAGUUAAUGGAAUGAAAAUUGGACCCCAAGAAAGUAUGAGCAUGAACAGAGAUGUUCCUGGUGCAAGUCAAUAAUAAUAGUGCCAAAUCAUCACACAGAAAAAACACAACCCACUUUAUCAGCUGAAGUCU